AUGCCCCGCCCACCCACUCUGCCGCCCGCUGCCACAGCAUCUGCCCGUGCAGCUCGCGCCGCCUUCUUUUGUGACCUCUGCCAGAAGGGCUACUCACGCAUGAACGAGUAUGAAGCCCAUGAGUCGUCCUACGAUCACCAGCACAAGAAGCGGCUAAAGGAAAUGAAGGAGAUGCAACGCCAGGUUAAGGACAGCGUGCCGCGGAAGGAAGAGAAAGGUCCGCUGAUGACUAUCAAAUUAGGUGGAAACAAGGAAAAGGAGGCUGGAGCCCAAGGGGCCGGUGGUUUCAAAAAGGGCGGAUUCAAGAAGAUGAACGCGUUUGUGGCGAUCGAGGGUGAGGACGAUGAGAGCGUCAAGAAGGAAGAUGCUCAAGCUCAGGUCAUAGCAGAGGCACCAUUAGCGGAGGCGGACAGCGACUUUACGGAUGAAGAUGAUUACUACGAUCCAAGGCGACCAACGGGUUGUCCGCCUGGGUGCUCAGGUCUUACUGCUGGAUAA